AUUAAUUUGACGUCAUUAGGUGAGAGAGUGACGUAACAUCGAGGAAAUGACGCCGGUCGUACUUUGAUUCGGUGGUGCGAUGGAAGAUUUCCGUCGUAUAAAACUCGUCGGUUUCGAGUAAUACGGACGUUGAGAUUCACGUCGACCUUCUGUACUUAUCAGUUGAGAAUUUGAGGCGUGUGAGACGAAUCUAAAUCGAAAGAAUGAGACUGGUCAUUUUGAAUAAUUAUGACGAAACUAGUACUUGGGCCGCCAAGUACGUUCGUAAACGCAUUCGUCAGUUCAAGCCCGGCCCCGACAACUAUUUUACUCUUGGUUUGCCCACAGGAAGUACGCCUCUAGCAACCUAUAAAAAACUAAUUGAAUUUUACAAGGAAGGAACGGUUUCUUUUCGCUAUGUUAAAACAUUUAACAUGGAUGAAUAUGUAGGUUUACCCAGAGAUCAUCCAGAGAGUUACCAUUCAUUCAUGUUCAAUAAUUUCUUCAAGCAUGUGGACAUCUUGCCAGAGAAUGUGCACAUUCUGAAUGGAAACGCGCAAAACUUGCAGGAAGAAUGUGACCAGUUUGAAAAGAAAAUCACCGAAGCAGGAGGAAUUGAGCUUUUCAUAGGAGGCAUUGGACCUGAUGGACACAUUGCCUUCAAUGAACCAGGAUCCAGUCUGUCAUCUAGAACAAGAGUCAAAACUUUAGCUAUGGACACUAUCCUGGCCAAUGCUAGAUUCUUUGGCAAUGACCUUACUAAAGUUCCACACGAAGCAUUGACAGUUGGUGUUGGAACCGUCAUGGAUGCCAAAGAGGUGAUGAUAUUGAUUACGGGGGCUCACAAGGCCUUUGCUCUGUACAAAGCUAUAGAAGAGGGAGUGAAUCAUAUGUGGACAGUAUCAGCGUUCCAAUUACACCCUCGGACUAUCUUUGUAUGCGAUGAAGAUGCCACUCUGGAGCUGAGAGUCAAGACGGUCAAGUACUUCAAAGGCUUGAUGAGACUCCACAAUACACUGAUUCAGGAUGACGAUAUCCCAGAAGACACUAAAGACCAAUAACACCUCCUUGGUCCUGGCCUAAUUUACCAAAUAAAAAUAUUUUGUUUGAA